AUGGCUACGGCAAUUGAAAAGACAAAGGAGCUAAAUAAGCAGCUGGCGAAGGCGUCUACUGAUGCGCGAACCGACGAUGUUCUCUCCCUGUUGAAGCAGUUAAAGGAAGUAGUAGAGCCCACAGAGGAUCUGAUUCGCGUAGGUAUUCCCUGUCUUCCAUGGUAUGCUAACACCUUCCAGGCGACUAAAAUCGGUGUGGCUGUAGGUAAGCUGCGUACGUACUCCGAUGCUCGUGUCUCGGAGAUGGCCAAGGAUAUGGUCAAGUCAUGGAAGGCGCAUGUGGAAAAGCAACGACGUGAGUCGGCGACCAAAGAGAAGGCGAAGAAGGAAGCAUCUGCCCCGUCUGAUACCGCCAAUGCGCCGUCCAACGCCACCAAUGUGGAUAUUAACUUUGAAGUGCUGAAUGAUAAAGUACGAAACGCAUGCUUGAAGCUGCUCUACAACAGUUUUGAGCUUCAUCCUGACGCUGAUGCACAGAAAGUGUAUGCGUCGGCUAUGGACAUUGAAAAAGCAGCCUACCUGAAAAUCGGUGCGAGCACGGUGAAUGCCGACUACAAAGCGAAGAUCCGUAGCUUGAGCCUGAAUCUCAAGGACAAGAACAAUCCUGAGCUCCGCGACAAGGUGCUCAACGGCGACAUUGAUGGUGAGAAGCUUGUUACAAUGCGCUCGGAGGAACUUGCCUCCAGUGCCCUGAAGGCGCACCAUGAAUCGAUUCGCCUGCAAAACUUGCACAAUGCCAAGGGUGCUGAGGCGCAAGAAGCUGAAACAGAUGCAUUCCAGUGCGGCAAGUGCAAGAAGCGCAAGACGCGCUACUACCAAAUGCAGACGCGUAGUGCCGACGAACCGAUGACGACGUUUGUCACUUGUGUCAACUGUAACAACAAGUGGAAGUUCUGUUAG